UUGGUAAAGUUUCUUCUUGACGGCAAGUUCUCUCUCUUAUACGGACAUCGCCAAAGUGGCAAGUCAACUACUGCUUAUGCAGUAAAAGAGUGGCUUGAAAACGAAUACGAUAAGGAAGUUUACAUCAUUACUUUUUCCAGCGGCAUCGUGACCGAUGAAGGACUCAAUGAAUUCUGGCAUUCCGUAUGCGCUAAAAUACAAAGUUUGAACGCGAACCGGUUCAAAUAUAAUGUAUUUGAUAAGUUCGCUCAGACAUCGGUAUCAUCGAAUACAUUUGAGAGUUUAUUCUCGAAACAUAAUAAUCCCUCGGCAAAGGAUUGCAUUAUCAUUAUUGAUGAGGCUUCGUAUCUUGCUGGCAAUCAAAAAAUUACUGAGAGUUUCAUCAGCUCAUUGCGAGUUUUAAAGGAUGGACGUGGUCAGUUCAACGUGUUUUCUUUCAUGCUCGUUGGCACCGAAAUCAUUAGGGAGUUCCUUCUCAGCCAUCAACGACCUGAUUCUGUGUCAAUUAUUUCGCCUUUUUCUGAUGAGGCAAGCAUGGUAUCAUCCUGUUUUAGUGAAGUAGAGAUUUCGAUGCUUCUCUUUCAGUAUUCUGCAGAGAAUAACUUUACUAUACAUAUAAAACAUAUCGCUGAGGAUAUCUAUUAUCUCACUCUUGGACAUAAGGGUCUUGUUGGUCUCUGCUGCUCUUUUCUUGAGACCCAAAUUAUGCAAGGCAAGAAUAAAUUAACGAUUGAUGAAUGGAAUGAGGCGACUUAUGGACUACCCGAAUUCAUAAGAGGGAAGGCAACAUAUGAAUCCAUAGUUCGAACCCUCCCUAGUCUAUCAGAAGAACGAAAACGAAUCCUUGCAAAGGUCCUUCGUUCUAAAUCUGAUGUAGUUUCUCAUGAUAAUCCUAAUGUGAAAUUCCUUCUCGCGGAAGGAAUGAUUGUUGUUGAAAGAAAGCUGGUCAAUGAAGAAGUGUUAAUCCGGUGUGCCGCACCUAUCCUUCGUAAUGUCAUUAUUUAUCAAAUAUUAGGGCCUAGUAUCGACCUAUCCAAGAGCCCCAAACCGGAUAAUGCUCGAACAAUCGAUGCUAAAUGGAUGCUGGAGCGCACUAUUGAGAACCUAUCCCUCCAGCAUAUAUUCACUGACAAAACCAGCAAUUCUAGUGGUGAGCCGUCUGAGUACGCUUUCCAAGCCGAAUUCAUCACUGUUAUGAAGAAUCUGCUUUCUGCGGCCUAUCCGAAACUUCUUUACCGGGUGCUUCCUGAGGUAAAGGAGUAUGAUGAUGAUAAUGGUAACCGCCGUCAGCGCUUAGACAUUCUCAUUAAGGAUAGCAUGUGGAUGGAAUCUUUUGGCUUUGAGCUCGUUGUUGGAGCAAGUCUGAAGGUUUUUAAUGAACACUGCGAGCGCUCCAAAAAAUAUGCUCAACUUCAUCAAUGUUCCAUGCUCAUGGUGAACAUUUGUAUCGAUAAAAAGCUUAUUAAUCACUUUGGGCCAGAUUAUGAAAAUGUAACUACUGUGCAUGUAGUCUAUGAUGAAAGUAAUGGACGUGCAGAGUUGGUAUAUAAAGAUAGGAAA